UUUUUGCAAGAAAGAGACGCGCGCAUCAUCGAUCAGGGAACGGAUUUCAUAUUUUUCGUUUGGAAUUGGCUGUCCUGUUCCUGUGUGGUUGCAAUAGUCUUGAAAUUUGUGUUCAAAAGGGAAAAUAUGGCAGGAUUGCUCAGAGGCUCUCGGAUGCUCACGACGGCAUUAGUCGGAGGUGCUGCAGUUGCAGGCAUUGGCUACUACGUCUCGAGCUCAGCUGAGGCUGGUGCAUCUCCAGGGGCCUACAAGUUGUUUCCCCCGAGUUCAGACUUCCCUGACUUGUCCAAACACAACAACGUGGUGGCCAGUCACCUCACUCAAGAGCUCUACGCGAAACUGAGGGACAAAAAGACGCCAAAAGGGUGGACUCUCGACCAGUGUAUCCAAACUGGAGUUGAUAAUCCGGGGCACCCCUUCAUCAAGACAGUAGGAAUGGUGGCAGGAGAUGAGGAAUCAUAUGAUGUGUUUGCAGACCUGUUUGACCCAGUGAUCGAUGAGCGACACAGCGGGUACUCCAAAACAGCCACCCACCCCACUGAUCUGGAUGCCUCUAAACUCAGAGGAGGACUCCUUGAUGAGAAAUACGUCCACUCCUCUCGCGUGAGGACUGGUCGCAGCAUUCGUGGCUACAGUCUUCCUCCAGCCUGCACUCGCGCCGAGCGAAGAGCUGUGGAGAAUAUUGUGACAAAAGCUCUGUCUAAACUGAGUGGAGAGUAUGCUGGCACAUACUAUCCUCUAGCAGGAAUGACUGAUGCUGAACAGGAGCAGCUCAUCAAUGACCACUUUCUGUUUGACAAACCAAUGUCUCCAUUGCUGUUGUCUUCAGGAAUGGCUCGAGACUGGCCUGACGCCCGCGGGAUCUGGCACAAUCAGGACAAGAACUUCCUGGUCUGGGUCAACGAAGAGGACCACACUCGAGUCAUCUCCAUGCAGAAGGGGGGAAACAUGCGAGAGGUCUUCACUCGAUUCUGUGACGGACUCAAGAUGGUGGAGGGCCAGAUGAAGAAAGAUGGAGCAGAGUUCAUGUGGAGUGCUCAUCUUGGCUACAUCCUCACCUGUCCCUCCAACCUGGGCACCGGGCUGAGAGCUGGAGUCCACAUCACAAUCCCUCACCUCAGCAAACACCCCAGGUUUGGAGAAGUUCUCAAGAAGCUGCGGCUGCAGAAGAGAGGAACCGGUGGAGUGGACACUGCAGCCAAGGGCUCCACCUAUGACAUCUCCAACAUUGACAGACUCGGCAAAUCAGAGGUGGAGCUUGUGCAGACAGUGGUUGAUGGGGUAAAUCUCAUCAUUGAGAUGGAGAAGGCUCUGGAAAAGGGGAAACCUAUUGAUCAUCUUCUGCCCACUAGUCUAAAACUAUAUACCUCUCUGGACUCUAUCAUCUUACCUUCAUUUCUCGUGCGCAUGCGUAAUUUUUGGUUGCAAACUGUGGGGGCGGGGCUGGUGGUUGGAUACAAGCUCUAUAAUUAUUAUAGCUAGCUAGCUAAGGCAAGUAGCAGAUCGCAAGGUCAUGCCUCAGCAGCGGCGGUAUAAGUCGGCUGCUCCAGGCGGGAGACGACGCUCGGCGAUGGGGGAGUUCAUCCCUGAGCCGGGAGAGAGACCUCUAUCAUCAUACGGCCAACCCACGCCCUCAGGCUUUGACUACUACCCCAGUACCGCGGCUUCUCUCCCCGGCUCACCCUCUCACGCCCUCCACAGCAGACCAUUCCCUCUCUCCCAGGACGUAACGCCAGGUCCUCCUGACUACCAAACUCGGAAGAGCUCAGUUUGGAGACACAAGACAUUCACUCUCAAUAGAAAAGGGACUACGCGACCGUAUGACACUAGAGAGAAUGCCCACAUCACUUGCAGUCCUGGUGCGGGUCAUUAUCGUAGAGUCAGUGGGGAUGUUGGCUCUGCCACAAGGAGGAGUAUGAGUGCCCGCCACCGCGAUGGGGUACACGUGGGGUACCCCAACUCUCUCAUACAGCCGGUGGACACUCUGGGGUUCGCUACUCCAGGUCCAAACCUCUGGAGGGACUCAGAGCGAGGCGCGGAGAAGACAUUUGGUCCUCACACACAGUGCAAGACAAGAAAGAAACCUCAGAAACUGUUUGUCGGUCAUGGAAAAGAGAAGUGCUCAACAGCAAACCUGCUAGCCAGUGAUCCUCCAUUAGAUGAACCUGGAAGUCCAGGCAUGUGUAUAUAUGUGAUCCAAUAGGGUGAGCAUAUUCUCACACCCACGACUGCAGGACCUGCAGCUUAUGCCAUACAACUGCCGACUCCCAAGUCACCUGGGAAAUCCAUCGGGCAGAAGCUCCACAUAGACUUCGACCUGCACUACCCAGCUCCCAAUGCCUACACCAUACCAGAUACAGUGGCUACAACACCAGGAAAGACGUUUGGUAUCAAGAAUGACAUUGACACCGGUAACUGAGCCUUUCGAUCUAAUGAGACCAAAAAACAGAAACUCUUUGUUUUUGGUCACGGUAGAAAAAAAUGCUCAACACCUCAGCACAGUGGUUUGGGAUUUGCCUUUUGUCUUGUGUUGUAAUGUGUUUUGAAGCCAUUCCUGCUGAGUUGCGCAGCUGGUAGAGCACUCACUUACAGGUGUCUUGGGUUCGAAUCGAACUUGGGGCAGCUCUUUUUUCCUCGGAAUAAAAGAGUUGUCCUUGGUGUUGUUGGCCUGCCUUUGCACAUGCAGCACCAACUCAGGCUGUUUAUAUUUUCAGAUCAGCAUUUCCCACCACCAAACACCUACUCCAUUCCUCUGCCACAAUCUGUGAGCCACUUCUUCAAUUAUCGCCCAUUCCCCACAUCAGACGAGAGGAGACCAGGACCUGCAGAGUACAGCAAGACCCACUCAGAUCUGCCCAGAUCCCCAGACUACAGCUGUCGCAACAAGUGCAGACCAGUAUUUCCUGACAUUCUCCUCUACCCUGAGUAUGUGCCUGCCGAGACCCCCGGUGCUGGGGAAUAUGAAUAUGACAGAGAAUUUGCGGAUAACUCGGCUCCAAAAUACUCCCAUGGUCUUCCCCUACCAGCAAGACCCAGUGAGACUUCUUUUCCUCAGUUCUGUUGAACUAACUGAAUCUGCUGCAGAUUCCAAUCCUGGGCCAAAUCAGUACCGUGUCCAACAUGACCCCACCCAGCACUCUCCUCCCUCCUUUACCAUGGGCGCAAGAUUCACUGACCACACCCCCCAAUCUACCGGGCCAGGCCCUUCCAAUUAUCAUCCUAAGCAACGUCCGUCGAGUGCAGUGUCCAUCACCCCUCGCCGAAGCCGAGAGAAAAAGUCAUGUGUGCCUGGGGCCAACCAUUACCACGUGCCACCGUCUCUCACAAGACGAGGAAUCUCUUCAGGGCACAUGACCUCGCUCAAAGGUCGCAGGUCAAUAGUGUGCUACUCUGGUUUUCCAAGCAGUCAUCUUUCACGACUUGCCUCCCUGGCUCUGUAGCUGACCAAAUGUUUUGUACCCCCAUACACCGUAUCUACUACUGGUUCACAUUCUUUGAACUAGUGCUAGCAUAGUGUUAGAGUAACAGUGAGCAGAUGAUCGAGACUCACGUGUGCAGUGCUUGAACAUACGUAACAUGAGUUGUGUACGUGUACCGAUGUUUCAUAAUAAUAUUUUCUAAAGUACAGCAUAAAAAGUG